UAAUAGUAACAGUGAUUCUUGUUAAUCUGUAACUCAGUUCCAUUCCUCUUGUAAAUGCCAAGUCUGCACAGUGCAUCCUCAUGACUUUCUUCAUCUUUAACAUUCUUUACUUCUACAAUAUUUUGAUCAUCUAUUAUGCCGUCUGGAGAAGCCCCCAGAAAUGGAUGAGACUCCGAUAAGACAAAUCCAGAUUUGGAAACUUUGAGUCCUGUGUCCUUCUCAAAUUCAUUAAUUAUCUUAGAUUCUGCCUCGAUGCCUUCUUUCAUGGCCUUUGUUGUAACACGAUCUUUGUACAUCAAAACCUCCGAUAUGGCUUUUGUUGGACYAGUUGUUGGUCUGAUCAAACAUCUCUUGCACUUUGACGCAGUGAUUCUGCUCUUGCGUACAUCAAACCUUGUCCUUGUUAAGUGCUGUUCUUUGGUUGCUUCUAAGAUAUCCUGUCUGUCUUUUACUGAGUCAAAUAAUCUAGUUUUAGCUCUCUGUGAUUUCUGUUCUAUGUCAUACAUUGAGAGUGGUGCAGUUUUGAGAGGAGACACAAUGUCCCAUUUUGAUAGUUCUGGUGUUGAGUGACUGUAGUUGGCAUUUCUGGAACAUCUUGUGGUAUUAUAUAAUGCAGUYCAAUUUUAGUUCCUUUUUUCUUUUCAAUUAAUUUGAUCUUUUCUAGCAAUGCAUCAAAAUCAGUGUCUGACUUUUGGUUAUUGUGCAUGGAAUUUACUGUUGCUGAUGAUGAACAUUCUUUUUCYUUCUUACCCCACACAUGCUUGACAAAUUUAAUAGACUGAAUUGUAGCAGUUUCUUGCUUUCUUUUUCGGGGGAUGCUCCAAGUACAAGGUUUCGAUGUGCAGGGCACAUCUUCAUUCAGUUUGUUCUCUUCACCUGCAUGUAUCUUUUUGCAUGUAUCUUCCAUUGCAAAUAAAGUGGCAGCCAAAUGGUUACAGYRGCCAUCAUUCCCUGCAGGGCAGGGACAUGAGGCUUGUUGAACUUGUGAAUUUGCAUUCAUAACUAUACGAACAGUAUAGACGUUUCCAUGUGUAGAAUAUGAAGGCCUUACUUGGCUCUUUACGUAAAACUUUCCUUGUUCUUGUUUGGUAUAAAUACCAAGCACCUUGCCUGAUUUAUAAAAAUUAUACCCCUUUACAAUGGGUUUCUCCACAGAUAAUUGUUUCUUAAACUCAACAUCGUCAAUCAAAAAUUUCCAGAUUUGAGAAUAGCCAACAUUAAUCCCAGACAAUAUUCCAACAUUGAAUCCCUCCGUGGGAAAGUUAAUGAGAGUUGUUUGUUCAGCUUCUUGUAGAUUAAGUUUCACUCRCUUAUUCUGGAGAUUUAUUCCACCAUCAGGAUCGACAAGAUUUUUAUCUAGACCAGACGUAAUAUAGUCAUUAACCCUGACAGAUAAUUAAAGAAAUGUUAAAACAGAAGUGACUACAGUGUAAAUUUAAGCUUUGUUUCGUUUCGCUGUCAACUGACCUUUUGAUUAGCUCAUUCCUUUUCCCACCAACUUUAGCUCCUCUACAGCUAAGCCAACGUUUUAAUAUGGCUACAGUGCAAUGUUCAGGAGGUUUUGGCAAUUCUUGUGUCUUGACAUAAGUUGGCGAUGUGUUCAUAAUAGUCUUGAAGAGUGAUGACGUCACGCAUAGCGAGCACAAUGCAUUUUGGGAUUACCAUGGGGGUGAAAUCCGCCAUCUUGGAUUGGCUUUGCAAAAUGAAAACAAAUUGUUGUGUUCCUGGCUGUGUAGCCGAUAGCAAGAGACAUUUCCGUUUGAGAUUCUAUUCUUUACCUACCAAAAAAGAUUUAAAGCGAAAAUGGGUGAAGUUAAUACAUAACAAAGCUUUGAAAAUGAACUCUAAAAACACGAGUGUGUGCAGUCUUCAUUUUAAAUCAGGAAGAAAAACAUAYGACACGAACGUGCCAACAAUACUUCCAUGGAAUCGCGAAUGGGCGGAUUUAGUUCAAAYGUUAGCGAAACUGAAAAGUGGUUUGAAAAACAGCAAAUCAAUGAUCACAAUUAUGCCAACAAACCACCACGGCUAAGUUUGACUCCCAUGUCUARCACAACGACAACUCCACGUAAAAGCCGAAACUCUCUCAAAGCGCAAGAGUCCAUUGACAUGGAAAGUGUAUCCAUAGAAGUAGAAGUGAAUUCUGCAGAGCCAGUACAACCAGGGACGUGGGAAGAGAUGGACUGGCAACUGAAUAAAUUAAUAAAUUAUCUCGAAUCAAUGUUCGUUGCGCUUCGCGGCUAAUUGAUUUUUGGCUUACCAUGACAACGGCCAGUAAAUACUCGGUAAUUCCUGGGUCGAGUGCUAGUCACAACACGACAUAACAAAAAUGGCGGACGAGAGUGAAGACUUCGACAGUGAUGAAUCGUUUUGUUUGGAACUAGAAUUGGAUGAAGAUGACGAAAACUGUAGCGAUAUCGACGAGGAAUGGGACUCGCUAGAUUUCGAAGAAGUGGAAGAAGCUGAAACGCAUGAUAAACCUUUCGCUUGUGAUUUUUGUUCUAAGCGUUUUGUCACUCGGGGCUGGCUAACUCGCCAUCUGUCCUUGAAACACAACCAACAAGCGCAAACUUCGACAACAGAAUUAGAAACUGGAGAAACCGAGCAAAACAACAACAGCCAUCGCAACAAGAUUGCUUAUGCAAACGGAAGAGUUGCACGCUAUAGUAUCGUGGAGGCGAAGGAGGAUUCAACAGAGCUUCUGAAGUCUGUCCUCUGUAAAGCCCAAGAAUAUGGCCCCUUCAAGCUCAAAUCACAACGAAAAGAACCUUCAAAUGGCAAUAAAGCGAACGAACUGGCAAGAAAUAUUUCCAAAUCAUUCGAUGAGAGUGCAGAAAAGUUUGCAAAGAAAGCAGUAGAAACCUUGUGGUCUGCAGUAAUUGCAGGUGAUAAAUGCAAAGUCAUCUCCUCUGCGUUUGAAGCAGUAAAUACAACGUUUCACAAUGUAAGAUCCUCUAACAUGUGUAUAGAACUCUGGAAAACACUACUGAACGACAUGAACCUUGGGUCAGGAAGCAACAUUCUUUGUCAGUUUAUUUAUGAUGGAAUUUUUAAGGAACUGUUGAACCGAAGAGAAUCCUCUAUCUGGAAUUCUGAACAACAAGCGACAAAAGAGAACACCUAUGAACUUGACCACUUGGAGGAAAAUGCACUGCACUAUGUGGCAGGGUAUAUACCACUAGCUAUUAAACGGGAUGUUAACAAGUUCCACCCUAGCAACACUAGUCAUGUUAUCCAUGUAAUUGAUAAAUGGAUCAUAUCGUCAGACAAGAAGGGUAACUGUCCAAGUUCAUAUUUGGACUAUACUACCAAGUGGAUCAAAGCAGUUGAUAGAGGUGGUCUCACUCAAGUUAACCACAAUUUCUACUUGUUUGUACGCCGCAUUGAAGGUGUUUUCAGGCAAUAUUUGAACAACUCUUUUCUGAUAAGUUACAACGGUGGAAGCAUCAAGGUUAUUAUCAUAAAUGAACUGCUGAGCUCAAAAAGUCUGAUCACGACAUGGGGACAGAUAGUUGGAAGUAUCAACGAGGGACUAAGUUACAAACUGUUUAAGCAUAUUGUUACUCUAUAUGUGGAUAUCAGGGCUAGAGCUUUUGUGGAAGCUUGGCUUCAGAAAAUGCGGCAUAAUAAGAAACAGCAGGUUUCGAAAAAGGGAGAGCAUGGACUUCGCAAGGAACUCCAGAAAUCAGGGUCUGCAGGCAGAACCCAAUAGAAAUAAUUUCCUUACAUAUAUUGUUAAGAAAUAGGAUAUAUUCUAGUAUUUGGCUGUUAUUAUAUUAUUAGUAUUUGGCUGCUAUAAUAUUUUAUUGCACACAAAGAAUCAUUUUAAAAGGUCAUUCGUUUAUUUACACAGGGAUGUAUAAGCCUUUCAUGGGCACUUACAAGUUAUUC